AUGUCUUUUUUAUUCCUUACAUCUCUUCUUUUCUUAGUUAUUCCUUACAUCUUCUUUUUCUUAGUUAUUCCUUAUUCCUUAGUUAUUCCUUAUCUCUGUCUUUCUUUUCUUAGUUAUUCAUCUCUCUGUCUUUCUUUUCCCCCCACAUUUUGUCUUUUCUUAUUUUGUUAUUCCUUACAUCUCUCUGUCUUUCUUAGUUAUUCCUUACAUCUCUCUGUCUUUCUUAGUUAUUCCUUACAUCUCUGUCUUUCUUUCUUAGUUAUUCCUUACAUCUCUCUGUCUUUCUUAGUUAUUCCUUACAUCUGUCCGUCUUUCUUUCUUCCCCACAUAUGUCUUUUUCUUAUUAUUUGUCUUUCUUUUAUUAUUCAUUCUUUUUCUUUCUUAGUUAUUCCUUACAUCUCUCUGUCUUUCUUAGUUAUUCCUUACAUCUGUCCGUCUUUCUUUCUUCCCCACAUAUGUCUUUCUUAUUAUUCCUUACAUCUCUCUGUCUUUCUUAGUUAUUCCUUACAUCUCUCUUCCCCUAUUAUUUUAGUUAUUCUUUCUGUCUUUUUUAAUUUCUUUCUUUUUUACUUCUUAUUCAAGUUAUUCUUUCAAAUAUUCAUUUUGUUUAUUUCAUUAGUUAUUCAAACUUUUUUAACCUAA